GAACGACGAGCAGCGACGGACAAUGCAGAUGCCGGCUGCUUAUUGGGCACAGCUCUGCUCUCCCUACCCCUUGUAUAGAGCUGUGGGCUUGGAGACAGGAGAGAGUGGAUGCCCGGACAGGGAGAUCCCACAUGUCUAGUGGGAUAACGGGACCAAGCAGAGGGCACAGCCCAGAGCAGCUGCGGCAGCAGGCUUCCUCCAGGGAAGCACGCAUGGUGACUGAGGAGGACACACAGGGAGUCCUGGCAGACAUUAUCAGCAUAAUUGCCGGUGGAGACUUUACUGGAGACAAUGGGGACGAAAGAACUGCUGUCUGUGGUGGAACCAGGGCUGUGAAAGAUGAUGGAGAUUGCACAAUGGCAGUGUACUGUAUCACAUGCUGAGGCCUCCUCUUUUCUAAUGCCUCUUCUUUGUUGAUCAACAUCUUAUCCGGAUGGAACAGUUUACAGGGAAUCAGUACAGGAACAGCUGCUUGGCUGUUUUUCUGUUAGCAGAGGAGACAUUUAUUGUAAAGACUAUUAAGUUCAUAGUUAUACAUUUACGGAUAGUAGCAACUUGUUGCAGAAUCUCUGAUUUUCUAUAGACAGAUACAAACCUGCCAAAAUGGAAAGUCAUUUGAAAUGGAAUCGGUUAUGUCUGGUAGAUUUUUAUAUAGUUUGAUAUUUUAUUCAUUUUAGCAAGGGACAUUUUUUGACCAUGGCUUUAGAAGACCCCGAUCUGCAGUUGUUCAGUGUCACUUAUCACUGUGAGGCCAGUCAUCAGGAAGGGCAAAGAGAGCUCAUGGAAAAAAAUGACAGGUCGCUAAGUUUGCCCGUCUUAAAUGGUUGUUGUAAGGCAAACGGUCAAGAAUUCCAGCCAGAAGUAGUGGAUACAUCUCAAACAGCAGUCAUUGGAGCAAGAAGUUUUUUGCAUAGUCAUCAAAGAGAAUCAGGCUUGAAAAUUGGCCAUCACCGGAACCUGUCUUCUCAAAGUUGCGGACCUUCCACUAGGGCAGUCUUUCCUUUUGCAGCGUCCAGUUUUCAAAUUGCAGGAAACACAGAGAGAGUAGAAAUCAAUAGCAGCAUAAACAGUAAAAAAGGCAUUUCUCAAUCAGUGACACUUUCUACAAUAAAAAGCAGUCGAUGUCUUGGCAUUGCAUUAACAGAUUCACGGUGUUUCCUUGUCUGCAUGUGCUUUUUGACUUUCAUCCAGUCAUUAAUGGUGUCUGGUUAUUUAAGCAGUGUCAUUACCACUAUUGAGCGGAGGUUUAGCCUAAAGAGCUCAGAGUCUGGUCUUCUGGUGAGCUGUUUCGACAUUGGUAGCCUCUUAGUAGUGGUUUUCAUCAGUUACUUUGGUGGACGAGGACGUAGACCACGUUGGCUUGCAAUAGGCGGGUUGUUUAUUGCCGUGGGAGCUGCUUUGUUCUCUUUACCUCAUUUCAUUUCUCCGCCAUAUCAAAUCCAGGAGCUGAACUCUUCCAUUUCAAACGAAGGGUUGUGCAUGAAUGGCAACUCUACUGCCAAAGAUCCCUUAGAGUCAUCAAUGUGCCCUAGAGACUCCAGUGGGAAAGACCAUUCCCUCUAUGUAGCUUUGUUCAUCUGUGCUCAGAUUCUCAUUGGCAUGGGAUCCACACCCAUAUACACUCUGGGUCCAACUUACUUAGAUGACAAUGUCAAGAAGGACAAUGCUUCCCUCUACCUAGCAAUCAUGUACGUCAUGGGAGCCCUGGGUCCAGCCGCAGGAUAUUUGUUAGGAGGAGUUCUUAUUGGAUUUUAUGUUGAUCCCCGAACCAUUGUCAACAUUGAGCAGAGUGACCCCCGUUUUAUCGGCAACUGGUGGAGUGGGUUUCUGCUCUGCGCUCUGGCGAUGCUACUUGUCAUUUUUCCAAUGUUUACUUUCCCAAAAAAGCUACCCCCUCGACAGAAGAAGAAAAAGAAGAAAAAAAAGAGUAACUCGUAUGACGUCUCCAGUGACGACGAUGUGAUAAAGGAGAAAUCCAGCAACAAAGUAACAGUAGAUAAUGGUGUCGGCCCAUCCAUAGGGUUCGGGAAGAAUUUUAGAGACCUUCCAAGAGCAGCAAUCAGAAUUUUAAGCAACAUGACAUUCCUUUUUGUGAGUUUGUCAUACACAGCUGAGAGUGCCAUUGUCACCGCUUUUAUUACCUUCAUUCCCAAGUUCAUCGAGUCACAGUUUGGCAUCCCAGCUUCCAGUGCCAGCAUCUACACUGGGCUGAUUAUUGUCCCAAGUGCCGGUGUUGGUAUUGUGCUGGGUGGUUACAUCAUCAAGAAGCUGAAGUUGAGUGCCAGGGAAUCAGCCAAGUUAGCCAUGAUCUGUAGCGGAGUUUCCUUGCUUUGCUUCUCCACCCUCUUCAUUGUGGGGUGUGAAAGUAUUAAUCUUGGUGGGAUUAAUAUACCAUACACUACUGGUCCCACACUAACGAUGGCGCACAGGAAUCUAACAGGUGGCUGUAAUGUUAAUUGUGGUUGUAAAAUUCAUGAAUACGAGCCAGUGUGUGGAUCAGAUGGAAUUACCUACUUUAAUCCUUGUCUCGCUGGAUGCAUCAGUGUGGGAAAUCAGACCAUAGCAGUGAGAAAUUAUACUGAAUGUGCCUGUGUCCAAAGUCGACAGGUUAUCACUCCACCCACGGUCGGUCAGCGCAGCCAACUCCGAGUGGUGAUUGUUAAGACAUAUCUGCAUGAAAAUGGCUAUGCUGUGUCAGGGAAGUGCGAUCGAACUUGUAACACGCUCAUCCCAUUCCUGAUAUUUCUUUUCAUUGUUACUCUCAUCACAGCAUGUGCACAACCCUCAGCGAUCAUAGUGACUCUCAGGUCAGUGGAAGAAGGAGAGAGACCUUUUGCAUUAGGAAUGCAGUUUGUUUUAUUGAGGACUCUUGCUUACAUUCCUACACCAAUCUACUUUGGGGCUGUUAUUGAUACAACUUGCAUGCUUUGGCAACAGGACUGUGGCGUACAAGGGUCUUGCUGGGAAUACAACGUGACAUCAUUUCGUUUCGUUUAUUUUGGACUGGCAGCUGGUCUGAAAUUCUUAGGAUUCAUUUUUAUAUUUUUGGCUUGGUAUUCCAUAAAACACAAAGAAGAUCAGUUGCAGAAGAGAAGGUGGCAGGCAUCGCCAAUAAGCACAGUCAGCGAGAUGGUCGGCAGCACCAGAGCUGAUCCAAAUUAUGCACGAACCAGAUCCUGCCCAGCCUUUGGCGCCAAGGAAGAGCCAAAUGAAGACAGCAAUAUGGAUAAAAGAAUCCAGCACUUAGCACAAACCUACCCUGGGCCUUUCCUGGAAGCAAUAAAUUCGUCCUUUGAGAAUUCUCAUGAAGAGAUCCCAGCUGACACGUAGAGCAGAUGCUCAAAGUUAUUUUGUUGGCCAAGUUCAAAAUGGCGCCUUUUUCAACACGUGCCUUUUUUGUGAGCUGCAUGCAUAUGGAAAAUAAUGACAACACAUUUUAAUCAGUAGCUACAGGGUUAUUGAGGGCUGGUAACCUCAAAAUAAUUUUAUCCUCCAUCAUAAGAGUUUUAAAUUGUUAUUGAUACAUCUGUGCUCCAAACCCAUAUGCAUUGGUGCAACAUUGAAUGGCUUCUUAAAGGAAUAUUGAAGCCAAACAAUGUAAUGUCACUUGGUGCUCCUUGACCUGUGAAUUAUAGCCUACUCUUAGAGAGUUUUGUGGUCCUGGUUGUCCUCUGACUGCUUCUCCAUAUACGGUAGCUCCACUUUGUGUCUGGUAACUGCUGUAUUGCACGAAUGGCUUGAGUUGACCGUAAAUGUUUACUGGAAAGAAAUAUCAGCUGCUCAGUGCAAGAAGCUACCUUGUGUUCUCCAUGGUAAUGGAACAAGUGACAGAUGGUUGCUGGAGAGGAAAUGCAGAGAGUUAGAAAUGACUUCAAUAUCUUCCCUAUAAACACUCACCGUCAACCACUCACUGGUGCAAUCCUUGGGCAUAACUUCAUACACAAUAUGGAUCACUACAGAGAAGGCAGUGCAGUGUAUAUAAUUCAUUAGGAGCUAGAAUUGAGAGGGAAAGUGCAGUGAGCGCCUUUAAGCGUGCAGUUUUAAAUAUUAUAUUUUUGAUUUUUCAGCAUUAGUCUUUACUUCAAGUUCAAGGAGCAUUCAGGUAAUUAUAACCAAGUAGUAGUCCAUCUAUCUUGGCGACUGGCAAUCUGCAUCUUACCAGUUAUUCUUGAACUACACAUUCCUGUAUGGCCACUGGAUGGCAUGGUAUCCUGGGUCUUGUAGUUCCACAAUACCUGAAGAGCCACAGGUUGCAUAAACCUGAUCUAACUGAUGAUGUGCUUUUGAUUUGCGAUGAACUAUCCAUAAUAAUAGGUUACAGUGUACACUAUAAACUGUGAGUUACGUGUUAAAGCACAACUAAAUUAGCUUAAACUAUGCAACUGCAUUAUGGAGAAUUGCAAUGGAAGCAUGGUAGAAUACUUAGCAAAGCAAGAGAAUAGAUAAUUAUGCAAGCCAUACUAAAUGUACCUAUCAGGCAAGGUUAUAGUUAUAUAAAACAGCAAAUGUUUUGCUGUGCGCAUUGAUACAUUAACUGCAUACACAGUGUUUAACAUGUACAUAAUAUCAGCUAGGUUAAUACAUUUUCCUCUAAAGUCUAUACAGUGUAGGAAACAGGUUUGUUAAAAAAUGUAUUUUAGCAAUUGUACUGGCCACAGAAAUAACUUUUAUUUUAGUUUGAUCAACUUUGUGUCUUCAUAUAGGUGCAAGUUUGUUUCCUCACCUUACCAGUACAAAUGUGUCUUUUUAAUGAGUUUUAUUUUAGUCCUUAAAAAUCAUGGAAGAGUCAUGGUAUCCAUGUUAAAUGUCUGAAAGUUAUCAAACUGACCAUGGACAAGACAUUCUUUGCUUCUCCAAACCAUCUAGAAACCUUCAUCUAAUGUGAUCUAGAAACACCAAUAUAACACAAACAAGCAUCUAGAAUGCAAACCAGAGCACAAACCUCAGGGAAGAUGUUUAAUAUUUUUCUGUAGGUUCAUGUUAAAAUUUUGACACAUGGGGGCUUGUUGAAUAAAAACAUUGCAAGUAGUGCACACAACGACUAAAGUGGUUACACUAGAAAAGCUGAUAUCUGAUUGGUUGGUUCAGUCAUGUAUGGUGUUAGAAGUGGGAAAAUCUUCAUUGCCAUAUAAACAGAUAACAUUAUAUAGACAGAUAAUAUUAAAUAAUAUUGAUAAUAGUAAAAACUAUGGUCCCAUGACAUAGCAGUCUAUAACAUUCAAAACUGAACUGUAAAAUAAGUAACUUUUAUUCCACAUUUACUGCUGAGAAAUUGAAGGUGAUGAUAUGUACCGCCACAAAAAUAUGUUUACCCUAUAUACAAUAUGUUUUAAAUAUGGAAUAAAACUUUUUUUUCCUACAUAGCAAUGAUUUACCUAUUUACAUUGUUAAAAGUACCAUUUCCUGAAAUAACUUGUAAAUUAUUUUUUUACUUUUAAAUAUACUGUAUGGCAGCAUUGCCAUUACGUGUGAUGUGGGGCCAUAUUUCCUAAUAAGUCGCUGAUUCUCGGCGGAUUGGAACUGAAAACUUGGAGUGGCGCUAACAUUCAGUGUAAAGCCUGGUAUGCUUUACACUAAUUCAGUGGUUCACAAACUCGGUCCCCAAGGCACCCUAACAGUCUAGGUUUUAAGGAUAUCCAAGCUUGAGCACAGAUGGUUAAAUCAAAUUGAUUGCAGCACUAAUUAAGCCACCUGUGCUUAAGCAUGUAUAUCCUGAAAACCUGGAUUGUUAUGGUGCCUUGACGAUCAAGUUUGGGCAACUGUUUGUGGCACUAUAAAUCUUCAGCUCCACCAUGCCAAUAAGUGGAGGCUUACUAAAGCAGCCUUUUCAUAAAUAUAACCCGUGGUGUGAAUGUAAAUCCAUUACUAAAUGAAUCACUGUUUUUUAUUCAUGUAACUAGUGUGAAGUUGUUGUGCAAAUUAUGAUGUGAAUCAUUUAUAGAUUUCCUAGACGAAAAUAAUUUCCCUGACCUCUACCUCGUAGUAUACACUGCCCUAUAUAAUAUUGUUACUCCCCUUGCACAAAGCUAACCAGGACCUGCUUCCAGUGUACUGAGCUGGGAUUGUGCUGUACAAGAGCUGUUUGUUACGUGUUUCUCUGUAUGCGGAUAUCCCUCAGUUAGAAUGAGUAUUGAUUUACCACUCAUCAAGCUAUACAUAAUUCUGUGUUUUACUUACUACAGGGUGUCCUAUCACUAAGGCAUCUUAUUAUGUAUUUUUAGUUGUUAAUGAUUUAAACAAAUCUAAAUAAUAUCAUCGGAUAAUUUAUUUGACUAGUUGUUAGCAAUGUUGCAACCCUAACUAGUGUUAGACUGACCUAUCUAGCGGGUUAGUCUUUGAACGAAUGGCCUGAUGUAAAGUAAACUUUGAACUGUGUGAUAUCAUCAUACAUUAAUCCCAUAAUCUGAUCGGACACAUCUCUUCCUAGGUAAUGUGCAGCUUUGCUAUUCAGUAUAUGUAUAUUGUAAGUCUUCACUUAGAGGGUCAUUUACAAACUGGACAAAAUGCAAAUGCUCAGACAUUUAGGCAGAAAAUCAGCUGUUAUGGUGAGGUGCCUGUCAUUAGAUUAUAGUACGCUGUGUUGGAUCAUUUUACACUAUCCAAUACUUGCUAUAUUAUAUCUCGCCAUUAAUGCGUAGUGACAUUUUCUGUUACUUCUCCAUAACAUACAUAUCUACAAAGGUAAAGUAUCACCUAAGCUAGAGGUGACCAAAUGUUUGUUGGGACCUGUGACUGCAUUUUGGGUAAUCGUUCAGAAAUGUAUUACAUUCCAUUGGGAACUGCUUCUUUUGGGGUCCUAGAACAACUUUUUUUUUUACUUUAAUUUCUGAAAUGUCCCUAUGUACAGUACAUGGCUCAAGCGGUGACUCCUGAUAAGGGAUGCAGUGAGCUUGUCACCAAACAUGGGGACCCCAGAAGGCAGACGCCACACUUACAGCAAGUGUAAGCUUACAGCAUAUUACACCCGCCAGCAUUACAACUGGAAACAUGAUAUACUACCACAAAGUUUACAGUAGUAUUGGCAAUGUUGCCAUGCCUGCUUUACUGGGUCCCUAUAAUACGUGUCAGAAUUUUGGUUGACAACAAGACACAUAUCCCCCUUAAAACAGUGGCAAAGGCUCAGUUAUCAUCACUUUACUUUGGUUCAUUAAACCUCAACUUUAAAAUAUCCCCGUCCUCGAAAGUCAAAUGUUACAGUAUUUGUGCAAAGAAGCAAGCUCAUCACUGUGGCUAACCCACAUUAUCAAUGCAUACCACUUAUCUACUCAUGUCUGGCAAAAGCCUUCAAUCAUGAGGAGUCACUGGUUCUAUAUAUAAACACUGAGUAGCCACUGGUCAAUAUAUAAACACUGGUUCCACUGAGUUUUGCCAGGUUCCAUAUAUAAACACUGAUUCCACUGAGAAGCCACUUGUUUCAUACAUAAACACUGAUUCCACUGAGUAGCCACUGUUUCUAUAUAUAAACACUGAUUCCACUGAGUAGCCACUGAUUCUAUAUAUAAACACUGAUUCCACUGAGUAGCCAAUGGUUCCCUAUAUGAACACUGAUUCCACUGAGUAGCCACCAAUUCUAUAUAUAAACACUGAUUCCACUUAGUAGCCAAUGGUUCCCUAUAAAAACACUGACUCCACUGAGUAGCCACUGGUUCUGUAUAUAAACACUGAUUGCAGUGAGUAGCCCCUGGUUCCCUAUAUAAACACUGAUUGCAGUGAGUAGCCCCUGGUUCCCUAUAUAAACACUGAUUCCACUGAGAAGCCACUGGUUCCCUAUAUAAACACUGAUUCUACUGAGUAGCCACUGGUUCCCUAUAUAAACACUGAUUCCACUGAGUAGCCACUGGUUCCCUAUAUAAACACUGAUUCCAUUGAGUAGCUACUGGUUCCAUUUAUAAACACUGAUUCAACUGAGUAUCCACUGGUUCCCUAUAUAAACACUGAUUCCACUGAGUAGCCACUGGUUCCCUAUAUAAACACUGAUUCCAUUGAGUAGCUACUGGUUCCUUUUAUAAACACUGAUUCCACUGAAUAGCCACUGGUUUUAUAUAUAAACACUGAUUCCACUAAGCAGCCACUGGUUCCAUAUACACUGUAUUUGACACUGGUUCCACUAUAUCGAAUUGUAAGUGUACUAUGCAAGAGCAUUUUGUUACACAAGUACUGUACAAGUAUGACAUGAUAUAGCUUAGGGAUUUGUAUAUUAUGGAGAAAUGUACAAGACAUUUCUCAAUCGUCUUGCACUGACUCAGGGAAGCACCGCCAAACACCCCCCCCCCCACCCCCACCCCGCACUCCGCACAAUGUUUAUCCCAUUAUAGGACAAAUAUUAAUGGCAUUUGUUUUUUUUCUCACAUGCCGUGUUGCCCGACCCUUUUUGAAUUCAAGAAGAUUUUUAAUUGAUUGAAAUAGGGUGGGGAUCCUGUGUGGAUGCUCAUAUGGUGUUUGUUUGUUGGAUUUGUAUAUUAUCCAGUUUGUAAAAUGUCCCCAAGAAUCUGAACAGCGCGCAGAAUGAUAACACUCAUUAAGAAAAAAUGGAGCAUAGGAAUAACACAAUAGGAUAUCUUUUGUCAUAUGAACAGAUGUUUAGAAUUAGCUAGCUUUGUAUAUUUCCUUUUGAAGAGACCCACUGGUGUUUAAACACUGCCUCCAUUUAGCAUUUUGUAAUGCAAGUGCAGCGCAUGCAAACACUUGUAAAAUAAAUUAUAUUUCAUGUCUAUACAAAUUUGCAGUAAUAUGUGUGGCUGCUGUGGCAGUUUUUUAGGCGCUGUUUAUUCAGUUUCAGUUUGUGCAAAGCAUGUCACUACUCUUGAAAAAGUCUAUUGAUAUCCAUUGGAAUACAAUACACACUGUAGUGUAAAGGUGUAUACACACUCAGCGAUAAAGUAAACAACGUCGCUCAUUUUGACCCUUCCUGAGCGUCCAGUAUGUAUGCCGAUGACUAUGAACGAUGUACGGCCCCGUGGUGUCAGCCAGGCAUGCAGCUCAAUUUAGAGUGACUCAUCGUCCAAAAUUGCAUGCUCCAUGCUGGCUGCGGCAUGAUGUCACUGUGCGAGAUCAUUAGUGAGGCCACCCCGGGAGGGGAAACUGUAGGUAGAGCGCAUCUUAAGCACUUGGGGGGUCAUUCCGAAUUGAUCGUAGCUGUGCUAAAUUUAGCACAGCUACGAUCAUCUUCCCUGACAUGCGGGGGGACGCCCAGCACAGGGCUAGUCCGCCCCGCAGGUCAAUCCGCCCCCCCUCCCCCCCCCGCAGAAGUGCAAAGGCAUCACACAGCGGCGAUGCCUUUGCACUUCAAGAAUAGCUCCCGGCCAGCGCAGUUUAGCGUGCUGGCCGGGAGUUACUCAUCGCUCCUCGGCCCGCAGUGGCUGCGUGUGAUGUCACGCAGCCGCUGCGGCCCGCCCCCCAUUCAGUCUGGCCACGUCUGCGUUGGCCGGACCGCACCCACGAAACGGCAGCCAAACGCAGCCAUUCCGCCCCCUCCCGCCCAGCGAUUUCCUCUGCCUGUCAAUCAGGCAGAGGCGACCGCUGCCCUGCUACGGCCUUCGGCCGUCUGUCAUGCGCUGGCGCAUGCGCAGUAGGGACCCGUUCGCUCUGCUGCGUUCAAACACAGCGAGCGAACAGGUCAGAAUGACCCCCUUAGAGCAAUGACAUGUAGCCUGAUACAAUUCAGGGGCUGCAAGAGUGGUUGUCUGACUUCAUCCCUAAUCAUAGUAAUAAGUUGAAACUGUAUUUAAUCAAAGAAAGAGACACCUAUCUGUAAUAACAUAUUACUAGGAAUGUUAAACAAGUGUUACAGUCUAUAAUAAAUCUGAUACUAAAGCAGGAAGCAGUGGGGGACCACAGGUGAAGACCUUGGAGAGAGAUAAAGUGGACAGAGAUAAAGUACCAACCAACCAGCUCCUUUCAUUUUUCAAACACAACCUGUAACAUGGAGCUGAUUGGCUGGUACAUUAUCUCAAUCCACUUUAUCUCUCUCCAAGGCUUAGUACAUAGAGCACUAACUCAUGCAGGGCUCAAUUCAGAAUUAGGAGCAAAUAAAAAAAACUAUUGCAAUUUGCACCUUGGAAAAACCAUGUUGCACGGUAGAUGGAGCAGAUUUAAAAUGUGCAGAGAGAUUUAGAUUUGGGAGGGGCGUGUCCUAACUUCAUCCAAAACUUAUGUGUAAAAAUAAAGCUGUCCAGUAUUAUCUCUGCAAGCAAAAAAAAAAAAGAUUAUUACAUGCCGUCCUGGUAUUGCUACAUGGUUUGUCUCUGGAGCAAAUUGUUCCUUUUCUAAAUUAGUUCCAUAUCAGGCCCGUAGUGUACUACAGGUUGAGUAUCCCAUAUCCAAAUAUUCCGAAAUACGGAAUAUUCCGAAAUACGGACUUUGUUGAGUGAGAGUGAGAUAGUGAAACCUUUGUUUUCUGAUGGCUCAAUGUACACAAACUUUGUUUAAUACACAAAGUUAUUAAAAAUAUUGUAUUAAUUGUCCUUCAGGCUGUGUGUAUAAGGUGUACAUGAAACAUAAAUGAAUUGUGUGAAUGUACACACACUUUGUUUAAUGCACAAAGUUAUGAAAAAUAUUAGCUAAAAUUACCAUCAGGCUGUGUGUAUAAAGUGUAUAUGAAACAUAAAUGCAUUCUGUGCUUAGACUUAGGUCCCAUCGCCAUGUUAUCUCAUUAUGGUAUGCAAUUAUUCCAAAAUACGGAAAAAUCCGAUAUCCAAAAUACCUCUGGUCCCAAGCAUUUUGGAUAAGGGAUACUCAACCUGUAUUCACUUACCAAACGUUGGGAGAUAUGCAGUGUUUCCUGGAAAUAAAUCUGGAUUCUAAAUCAAAUCUGAGUUUUUGACUCAAAAAUGAAUAAAUUAUGAGGUUGCGAUAGUUAAUAAAAAAAAAAAAGUUAAAACUUAAAAUGGCUUGUUCUACAUAACAAACUAGCAUUGGAGAGUGAAAAAGUGUAGAGAGAUAAGCUACCAACCAAUCAGCUCCUGGCAUUUUUCAAACACAGCCUGUCACAUGGCAGUUGGGAGCUGAUUGGCUGGUACUUUAUCUCUUUCCACUUUAUCUCUCUCUCUAAUGCUUAGUACUGUACAUCUCCCCAACACUUUUUUACCAUUUCAAAUAACAUAUUCUUUACUAUUUCAACAGCAUGUAUUGCAAUUGCUGCUUACAAUUGUGUAGAUGAAUAUAACAUGACAUUGUUAAUAAAUUCUAAACUACUCUCAAGAGUUUAAUAAUAAAAACACAACAUAUAGAAUGCUUUUCACUCAUCACAUAUUUAAAACCAUAAGAGGUAAGGCAUGGUUACUUGGCAAUGUUGCAUGAAAAUACAUUUAUUGCACUCAUGUAUGAAUAAAAUUGAAAUCAUUAUAAUCUUACAUUUUAAUUAAAUGUAAAUUUAGGAGAUAGUUGGUCUAUACUAUUCCAUAGUAUUUCUCAUGUUCCAGUAUUAAGCAAUUAACAGUUUAUACUUCAUUUUGUAUAUGAUAAGAUAAUAAACUCUGAAACAUAGAACCUACCACUUAACAGAAACAUAAGUUAAUAAAUACAUUGUUAUUAAGAAUUUUCAACUAUUCAGUUAUAGAAUAUUAAGUAAAACCAAGUGAUAAUACAUAAAAAGCUAAGUGACGUUUGUAACUGGAAUUAAGGAUAGUUUACAGAAUAAGGAUUCUGGAUUAGGACCGCUCAUUUGGCACAAGUAACUUUAGAAGCUGAUUAUUUUAUUAGUCUCAUUGGCCAUGUUAUGGUAGUUAUGGGAUGGCAGUGAUAAUAUCAUAAGGGAUCAGUGUUUAAGAUGGGCACUGGAAAUAAGACAUGAAAAUCUACUGUUCAGCACAACUCUGUAUAACGUAUUUCUUUUAAUUUAUAUAUGCUAACACUAUUUCCAAUGUACUCAACUUAGUGGUACAGGUAGCUGUGUGUGUAGGGAUGGGGGGAUGUAAUUAUUUUAUUUAUUUUUUCUAGAGAAAUAUUUUCUAGAGAUAUUACAUCAUUUUGGGAUCUUAUUACAGGUACUUGUUAGCACUUCUUAAUAAAUGAAGGAAUGGUGUCAAAUUUUCAAAGUGCAGCACCUAAUAGCUUCUAGCUGAAUAAGUGCAUUUUAAAGAUUAGUUUGAUGCAGGAUUCACACCAUACAGCACCUUCAGUUGUUUGAUUUUAACAUGUUUAUAGCAUUUUUGACAAGUGUACAAAGCCCUUGACGAAAAAUCCAUCAUACGUAGUGUAGCAGUCCUCAUGACACGCAGUGCGUCUACCACGUAUUACAAGCUUUGAGUUAUAAUAACGCUGCGUUUUUCCAGUCAAUAUGAAAGUAUCAGCGAUUCUUAAGCUCUAAACGCACAUGUGCGUCACUACUCUAAGUAUAAUUUAUGCUUUAGAUUAGGGGCUAAAAUCUGGAGUAGAAUUAGCAUUUUACUAAUUAAAGAGAAGUUAGGUUACUUGGCUGUACAUAUUUUCUCUGAUAUAUAUGUCACAUGUAGGAGUGAAUGAUAGUACAAAUUAACACAGUCUCCUCGUGUGUCCUAGUUGUGUUACGACUAAGAUGCAUUUUCUGCAAAAAAAGACUCCUGACGUUAGCAGAGUUGCACAGGUCCUGGUGGCUCACUCAGGCCAAAUACCUUGUGCUGCAUGGCGUAUUGCGGCUAGAUGAAUGAGGAUGCAGCUGUAUGUAGGAGCGGUUUUUUUGUAACACCGUUACAAAUAUUUAAAACUUCACAACUAACAUACCCUAGAGAAACAUUACUGUGGAUCACGCUUGGUUGUGAGUUUUAUAAAAAAUAAAACUUUCCUUUUCUCACUAAGGCCCCUAUUUACUAAGCCUUGGAUGGAGAUAAAGGGCAUGGAGAUAAAGUAAGAGCCAAUGAGAUCCUAACUGUCAUUUUUCAAACACAGCCUGUGACAUGUCAGUUAGUAGCUGAUUGGCUGGUACAGUACUUUAUCUCCAGCCAAGGCUUAGUUAAUAGAGCCCUAAGUAUCACUGAUCCAUAUAGAGGCCAAAGAACGUACAGUUACAUGGGAGGUCCAUACUUAGUUCCAAAGGUGAUUUUCUGGGCAGAAACAAUUCUUAACAGUGGACUACACUGAGAAAUGGUGUCAUGAAUUACAGUGGACAUGGCCAUAUAUAAAAUACUAUGCAUCUACCAAAAGCAAUCGUAUACAUUUAAGGUAGAAAUAAAUAUGAGCUUGUGACGAAUGGACUGCAGAGUGAGUUUUAUAAUUCUACAUAUAUACUUUGGAACGUAUGUUGUACACACAUUUUAGUUUACUGUGUGUAUGGCUGAAUGCUUGUGUCAAUUCUAUUUCCAGGUACAGUACAUAAUUGCUGACACUAUUCAAUUUAAUGCCAUUAUUUUGAUUGUGCAAUUUGUUGGCGCUUUUCAGUGAUAAAGGAUAAGUAUUAUCACAUUGGGUAUGGCCUGAGAGACUGUUCCCAUCAAUGUAUUUAAGUUGUAGUGCAAAUCUUGUUUUUGCCUAAGUUUGUUUUACUUGAUAUUUAUUUCUAUGAUGACCUUGAAAUCAUUUUAUAAAAGGUCACAGUGGUGUGUUCAAUUUAAUCUUAUUGAAAAUGUUUGUUUACAAGCCUUUCAAUAAUUGGUAGAUGAUAAUAAAGGAGAAACUCUUUAUACUG